AUGUCUGGCAGUUGCUGUUCUAGGAAAUGCUUCUCCGUGCCAGCCACCUCUCUCUGCUCCACUGAGGUGAGCUGUGGAGGUCCCAUCUGCCUGCCCAGUUCCUGCCAGAGCCAGACAUGGCAGCUGGUGACUUGUCAAGACAGCUGUGGAUCAUCCAGCUGUGGGCCACAAUGCUGUCAGCCCUCCUGUCCUGUGAGCAGCUGUGCCCAACCCCUGUGCUGUGAGUCUGUCAUUUGUGAGCCUUCUUGCUCCGUGAGCAGCGGCUGCCAACCCGUGUGCUGUGAGGCCACCACCUGUGAGCCUUCUUGCUCCGUGAGCAGCUGCUGCCAACCUGUGUGCUUUGAGGCCACCACCUGUGAGCCUUCUUGUUCCGUGAGCAACUGCUGCCAACCUGUGUGCUUCGAGGCCACCAUUUGUGAGCCUUCUUGCUCUGUGAGCAGCUGUGCUCAACCUGUGUGCUGUGAGCCUGCUAUUUGUGAGCCUGCUAUUUGUGAGCCUGCUAUUUGUGAGCCUUCUUGCUCCGUGAGCAGCUGCUGCCAACCUGUAGGCUCUGAGGCCACAUCCUGCCAACCAGUCCUCUGUGUGCCCACUUCCUGCCAGCCUGUCCUCUGCAAAUCCAGCUGCUGCCAGCCAGUUGUCUGUGAGCCCAGCUGCUGUUCAGCUGUCUGCACCCUGCCUAGUUCCUGCCAACCUGUGGUCUGUGAGCCUGCCUGCUGUCAGCCGGUGUGUCCAACACCUACCUGCUCUGUGACCAGUAGCUGCCAGGCUGUCUGCUGUGACCCCAGCCCUUGUGAGCCAUCUUGCUCAGAGUCUAGCAUCUGCCAGCCAGCUACCUGUGUGGCUCUGGUCUGUGAACCAGUUUGCCUCCGCCCUGUCUGCUGUGUUCAGAGCCCGUGCGAGCCACCUUGUGUCCCUAGCACUUGCCAAGAGCCUUCUUGUUGUGUCUCCAGUAUCUGCCAACCCAUCUGCUCUGAGCCCAGCCCCUGCUCACCAGCUGUCUGUGUGCCCAGUCCAUGCCAACCUACUUGCUACGUAGUCAAGCGCUGUCGUUCUGUCUGCCCUGAGCCAGUUUCCUGCCCAUCUACCUCCUGCCAACCUCUUUCCUGCCGUCCAGGGUCUUCUGCAUCUGCCAUCUGCCGACCAACUUGUCCUAGGACUUUCUACGUACCCAGUUCCAGCAAACGGCCUUGCAGUGCUACGGUUUCCUACCGCCCGGUCUCCCGUCCGAUCUGCCGCCCAAUCUGCUCUGGACUCCUCACCUAUAGGCAGCCAUACGUGACAUCCAUCUCCUACCGUCCCGCCUGCUAUCGCCCAUGCUACUCCAUCCUGCGCCGCCCAGCCUGUGUCACUUCCUACUCUUACCGCCCAGUCUACUUCCGCCCAUCUUGCUCUGAGUCUGACUCUUGCAAACGGGAUUGCAAAAAAUCCACUUCCAGCCAACUGGAUUGUGUUGACACAACCCCCUGCAAGGCGGAUGUCUCAGAAGAGGGUCCCUGCCAGCCCACUGAAGCCAAACCCAUCAGCCCAACCACCCGUAAGGCCGCAGCAGCUCAGCCUGCUGCCAGCAAGCCUGCCAACUGCUAA